CAGAAAUGCUGAUUAAGCAUGUGACUGUUUUGGAUCAAGCUAUUACAAGUGUAUUUCUCUUGUGUUUUUGAGCAAGUCGGAGGAGAGGUUUAUUCACUACUGUAUUGAGUUGCAAUAAUUAGUGUCUGUUGGAUUUUUAAGACACUCAAAGUCAUAACCGAGCUGUUGAUUAUUAGAUUUCUGCAAUGAUGUCUUCCCCUGCUAAGUCAGGGGCUGUUUCGGGGAGAAGACUUUCACGAACCAAAAGCAAGAAAAAACACUUCGUGCAUCAAAAAGUGGAGGUGUUCUGGGCCAGCGACCCCAUCCUGACGGUGUUCAUGUGGGGCAUCAAUCACACGAUAAACGACCUCUUCCAAGUGCCGAUGCCAGUAAUGCUGCUUCCAGACGACUUCAAAGCCAACAUAAAGAUGAAGGUCAACAAUCAUUUGUUCAACAAGGAAAACCUCCCUGGACAUUUCAAGUUUAAGGAGUACUGUCCUCUGGUGUUCAGGAAUCUGAGAGAGCGAUUUGGAGUUGAACAUCAGGAUUAUCAGGUUUCUCUAACACGAAGUCCUCCAGUAAAGGAUGACAAGGGUGAGGAAGCAGUGUUGUUGUUGUUGAAAUCAUAUGACCGAACACUAAUUGUCAAGCAGAUCUCAAGUGAAGAGGUGGAGGACAUGCACAACAUCCUUUCAGAAUAUCAUCAGCACAUUGUAACAUGUCAUGGCAGCACAUUACUUCCUCAACUCCUCGGCAUGUACCGCGUCACUGUGGACAAUGAAGACACAUACCUUUUAGUCAUGAGGAAUAUGUUCAGCCACCGACUAACAAUCCACAGAAAAUAUGACCUCAAGGGGUCAUUGGUUUCUCGAGAAGCAAGUGACAAAGAAAAGGUGAAAGAACUGCCUACAUUCAAGGAUGUGGAUUUCAGAAAUAACAUGCAGCGAGUGUACAUCAGUGACGAGGAGAAGGAGAAGCUUCUGGAUAAACUCAACAGGGAUGUUGAGUUUCUUGUGCGUCUGAAGAUCAUGGACUACAGUCUUCUGCUGGGUAUUCAUGACGUCGGGAGGGCAGAACAGGAGGAAGAAGAGGAGAUGAAGGACUCUUUAAGCGAAGAGGAAGAAGAUUCAGAGAAUGAUCUCCACCUUCCAGCGGUGUGCUCUCUCAGGACGUCCCCUGAGGGCAUUGCAGGAUACAUGAGCUCCUACAAACCUCUUGGUCCAGGAGAGUUUGACCCGUAUGUUGAUGUGUAUGCCAUCCAGAGCGUAGAUGGUGCUCCAUGUAGAGAGGUUUACUUCAUGGGUCUUAUCGAUAUUCUGACCCAGUAUGACACCAAGAAGAGAGCAGCUCAUGCCGCAAAAACAGUCAAGCAUGGAGCCGGGGCUGAGAUCUCUACGGUUCAUCCCGAACAAUACGCCAAACGGUUUCGAGAAUUCAUCGCAAACAUCUUCGCUAAUUAAAAGUAUUUUAGAUGUAUUCUUCCAGAUCUAGUAGACACAACAUUGCUUGGGAGCUUGUAAAAUGUUCUCAAUUCAUUAUUUUAAAAGCAUUUUUCAAUGAUUAUGACUUUAAGUAAUUACACAAUUGUCAUUAAAUUGCUUUUGCUAGUCACAAUUAAAGUGAGAAUGUCUCCUUCAGAUUAAAAAUAUAUAUAUUUUAUGUCACCUUGUGAAGUU